CCGGAGCGCGGGAGCGCGGCUCCAUCGGGCCGGGCGGUCGCACUGGGCAUGCUCAGUAGCCGGGGCAGGUUUUUUUUGGUCGCAAGUAGGAAGCUUUUUGCACCUCACCGGAGAGGGGAGCCGCGGAUCCCUUGACGCCGCCAGUGCCGCUGCCGCGCCCGCCCCAGCCCGCCGGGCGCGAUGAGCCCGUGCCCGAGCCUCAGUCGGCCCGCCGGGGAGUGAGCGCGGGGCACCCAGGGCGCGUUGCGCAGCUGCUCCUGCGCACAACCUCGCCGCCGCCGGCGGCCCGCACUGGCCGGGGAGUGCGAGAGGCUCGUCCGUGCACCGCGCCCGGCGCCGGGAGCGGAGCAGGAAGCGCAGGCCACGCAGGGACCCAACUGAAACAAAGUGUCGGCCGCCGGGCGCCGCGCCCCGACCCCGCUGCGCCUGCCCGCCCGCAACUCCGCCGCCCACCAUGGCUUCUGAGGAGCUGUACGAGGUUGAAAGGAUUGUUGACAAAAGGAAAAACAAAAAAGGGAAGACAGAGUAUCUGGUUCGGUGGAAAGGCUAUGACAGUGAGGAUGACACUUGGGAGCCGGAGCAACAUCUAGUGAACUGUGAGGAAUACAUUCACGACUUCAACCGCCGGCACAGCGAGAAGCAGAAGGAGAGUGGCCUGGCUCGUGCAAACAGAACCUCUCCCAACAAUGCUAGGAAACAGAUCUCCAGGUCCACCAACAGCAGCUUCUCUAAGAACUCUCCCAAGACACUAGUGAUAAGCAAAGACCACGAGACCAAAACUAGCCAGUUGUUUGCUGCCAGCCAGAAGUUCAGGAAAAACCCAGCUCCAUCUCUUUCAAGCCGAAAGAACAUGGACCUUGCAAAGUCGGGUAUCAAGAUACUUGUGCCUAAGAGCCCCAUUAAGAGCAGGACCUCGGUGGAUGGCUUUCAGAGUGAGAGCCCUGAGAAAUUGGACCCAGUCGAGCAGGGACCAGAGGACACGGUAGCACCAGAGGUGGCUGCAGAGAAGCCAAUUGGAGCUUUGUUGGGCCCCGGUGCAGAGCGAGCCAGAAUGGGGAGCAGGCCCCGAAUACAUCCACUAGUGCCUCAGGUGUCUGGCCCUGUGACUGCAGCCAUGGCCACAGGCUUGGCUGUUAAUGGAAAAGGUACAUCUCCGUUCAUGGAUGCGCUAACAGCCAAUGGAACAACCACCAUACAGACGUCUGUUACAGGAGUGACGGCUGGGAAAAGGAAAUUUAUUGACGACAGAAGAGACCAGCCUUUUGACAAGCGGUUGCGUUUCAGUGUGAGGCAGACAGAGAGUGCCUACAGAUACAGAGAUAUUGUCGUCAGGAAGCAAGAUGGCUUCACCCACAUCUUGUUAUCCACAAAAUCAUCCGAGAAUAACUCUCUAAAUCCAGAGGUGAUGAAAGAAGUCCAGAGUGCUCUGAACACAGCCGCUGCCGAUGACAGCAAGCUGGUGCUGCUCAGCGCAGUGGGCAGCGUCUUCUGUUGUGGCCUGGACUUCAUUUACUUCAUACGGCGUCUCACAGAUGACAGGAAGAGAGAAAGCACCAAGAUGGCAGAUGCGAUCAGAAACUUCGUGAAUACUUUCAUUCAGUUUAAGAAGCCUAUUAUUGUAGCUGUAAAUGGCCCAGCCAUUGGACUAGGAGCAUCCAUAUUGCCUCUUUGUGAUGUAGUUUGGGCUAAUGAAAAGGCUUGGUUCCAAACACCCUAUACCACCUUCGGACAGAGUCCAGAUGGCUGCUCUACUGUUAUGUUUCCCAAGAUUAUGGGAGGCGCGUCUGCAAAUGAAAUGUUGCUCAGUGGGCGGAAGCUGACCGCGCAGGAGGCGUGUGGCAAGGGCCUGGUCUCCCAGGUGUUCUGGCCAGGGACCUUCACCCAGGAAGUCAUGGUUCGAAUCAAGGAGCUCGCCUCCUGUAAUCCAGUUGUCCUGGAGGAGUCCAAGGCCCUGGUGCGUUGCAACAUGAAGAUAGAGCUGGAGCAGGCCAACGAGAGGGAGUGUGAGGUGCUGAAGAAGAUCUGGGGUUCGGCCCAGGGCAUGGAUUCCAUGUUAAAGUACUUGCAGAGGAAAAUCGAUGAGUUUUGAUGGACAGCCAUGUGCGGGUGAUACUGGACCUGGUGUGAACAGUAAUCCAUGGCUCCUAGCCUGAAACAAGUUCACCUGUAUUCCACGUGAUAGCAGGACUGGAAAUAUCCAAGUUAUUUAUUACCAAGGCGUUUUUAAGUACUGUAACUUUAAAAUAAAUAACUACAAAGCUC